CCAUCACUGACUAGUGAAAAGCACAGAAAAAAGUUUUGUUUGAGAGGGGGAGAAAGCGCGAUGAAGAGCGAAGCUUCGUUCAAGAUUUGACUCCGAGUUCGCUUCAUUUUCCUUCUCAGUUUCUCUCUUGUUAGUCGGAUAUAUUGACUCAUUAUUGGUUAUGUGGGUUUCAUUGUUAAGAAAGAGAAUAUUUCUGAAUAUUUUGAUGGAAGGACACCUGAUGAUGGUUUUAAGGAAAUGAGAAAUGAGCUUCUACAGAUAAGCAUAGGGUGAUAAAUGCCUAUGGUAGAGUGGAAAGCUAAGUUACAUGUGCAGCAUCACAUGCAUGCAACUUCAUCUAAUGGUCAUUUGCUGUGGAUGGUAAUGCACCCAUUGCUAAUGCAUAGGUACCUUUGCUUUUGCAUUCUGUUUGGACAUCUUUACACAUCUGUCCUUUGUCUUAGUUUGAAUCAGUCGGAGAAUCUUUUCCAGAAACCUAGAUUAAUUUUGAAUGAUGAAUCUGUAAUUGGAACCUCCAUUCACGUUAAGGAAUCGUCUUCAUCACCAGUGAAUGCUUCUCUAUCUUGCGAGGAUUUGGAAGGUGUCGGAUCAUUUAAUACUACAUGCUUGCUAAAGUCGAACUUGUAUUUAAGUUCAGACCUUUACAUUUAUGGUACCGGAAACUUGGAGAUCCUUCCCCAUGUUUCAAUCAACUGCCCUACAGAAGGCUGUAUGGUUACCUUUAACAUGUCUGGAAAUGUAAAUGUGGGUCAAUAUGUUGCCAUUGUUGCUGGAUCAAUAGUAAUAUGUUCUGCCAAUUUGACCAUUGGGUACAAUUCUACUAUUAACACAACAUCAUUGGCUGGGCCACCUCCUCCUCAAACUAGUGGUACACCUGUUGGCACUGAAGGAGCUGGUGGUGGACAUGGUGGUCGGGGUGCUUCAUGUCUAAAAAAUAAUAAGACAAGCUUUUGGGGUGGUGAUGUUUAUGCUUGGUCCACUUUGUCUGAGCCAUGGAGUUAUGGAAGUAAAGGUGGUAGUAAGAAUGACACCGCAUCUGAUGGACAUUGGUUUGGAGGGAAUGGUGGAGGACGAGUUAAGCUCAUUGUAAAGGACAUACUAAAUCUGAAUGGAUCUGUAACUGCAGAAGGUGGAAAUGGAGGAAUAAAAGGGGGAGGCGGCUCUGGUGGAAGCAUCUACAUAAGAGCUGUUAAGCUGAAGGGAUAUGGUACCAUAAGUGCAGCUGGUGGGAUGGGUUGGGGUGGUGGUGGUGGUGGAAGAAUUUCUCUCGAUUGUUACAGCAUACAGGAAGAUGUCAAGGUUUCUGUGCAUGGUGGUUUUAGUCUUGGUUGUCCUGGAAACUCUGGAGCAGCUGGUACAUAUUUCAAUGCUGAUUUACUGAGUCUAAGAGUUGGCAAUGAUAAUGUCACCACAGAAACGGAAACUCCUUUGCUUGAUUUCUCUACUAGUCCACUAUGGUCAAAUGUUUUUGUGGAGAAUAAUGCAAAAGCGUUGGUUCCUCUUCUUUGGACCAGAGUUCAGGUCAGAGGCCAGAUUAGUCUAUAUCGUGGGGGGGAAAUUGUCUUUGGGUUGUCUGCAUACCCAAUGUCAGAAUUUGAGCUUGUUGCAGAAGAACUUUUAAUGAGUGAUUCCAUCAUAAAGGUAUUUGGUGCAUUUAGGGUUUAUGUCAAAAUGCUACUCAUGUGGAACUCCAAGAUUCAAAUAGAUGGUGGUGGAAAUACUGUUGUCACAGCAUCUAUCCUUGAAGUAAGGAAUCUAGUUGUUCUAAGGGAGAACUCUGUCAUUAGUUCAAAUGCAAACCUGGGUGUAUAUGGUCAAGGACUGCUGCAGCUAACUGGUCAGGGUGAUGCAAUUAAAGGCCAGCGGCUUUCAUUGUCUCUGUUUUAUAACAUAACAGUUGGGCCAGGAUCCUUACUUCAGGCUCCACUGGAUGAUGACGCUAGCAGAAAUGUGGUUACAAAUUCCCUUUGCGAGAGCCAAACAUGCCCAAUAGAUUUGAUAACCCCUCCAGAUGAUUGCCAUGUUAAUUAUACACUGUCCUUUUCUCUACAGAUUUGUCGGGUUGAGGACCUUCUCGUUGAUGGGGUCAUCAAGGGAAGUAUUGUCCACAUUCAUAGGGCAAGGACAGUCACCAUAGAUGCUAAUGGCCUGCUUACUGCAUCUGAAUUAGGUUGCAGCACAGGUAUAGGAAGAGGAAACUAUCUUAAUGGAGCUGGUAGUGGUGCUGGGCAUGGUGGACGAGGGGGUUCUGGAUAUUUCAAUGGAAGAAUUAGCAGUGGUGGUUAUCGGUAUGGGAAUGCUGAUUUUCCUUGUGAGUUGGGCAGUGGAACAGAAGGUCCUACUCAGUCAUUCGGACAUGUGGUUGGCGGAGGAAUGAUUGUAAUUGGCUCAACCCAAUGGCCUCUCCUAAGGCUUAGCAUAUAUGGCUCUUUGAGGGCUGAUGGUCAAAGCUUUGGUCAAGCAACAAUAAAUGGUAAUGGAUCAUUGAUUGGUGGACUUGGUGGAGGUUCUGGUGGGACAGUUCUUCUAUUCCUACAAGAGCUUAUGCUUGCGGAAAAUUCAUCUUUAUCAACUAAUGGGGGAAAUGGUGGUCCUCGUGGUGGUGGUGGUGGUGGUGGUGGAAGAGUGCAUUUUCACUGGUCUAAGAUAGGCAUUGAGGAUGAAUAUGUUCCAGUUGCUACUAUCAGUGGUUUCAUCAAUAGUAGUGGAGGUGCUGGGCAUAAUGGUGGGCUCUAUGGGAACGAGGGCACGGUAACUGGGAAAAAAUGUCCAAAAGGGCUCUAUGGUACAUUCUGCAGGGAAUGCCCUAUUGGCACUUAUAAAGAUGUUGAUGGCUCUGAUGAAGAACUUUGCAUUCCUUGCCCUCUGGAGCUUCUUCCAAAUCGUGCAAAUUUCAUACAUGUACGAGGAGGAGUAUGUCAGCCAUCUUGCCCCUACAAGUGUAUAUCUGACAAGUAUAGAAUGCCAAAUUGCUACACCCCUCUUGAGGAGUUGAUGUAUACAUUUGGAGGUCCUUGGCCUUUUGCACUUCUUCUGUCUGGAAUUUUGGUGCUUCUAGCUGUAUUGUUAAGCACUUUAAGAAUUAAAUUGGUCGACUCAAGCUCAUAUGUUGCUAAUAUUGAACAUCAAAGUAGUCAUCGUUUCCCAUACCUUCUUUCUCUAUCAGAGGUACGGGGAACCAGAGUAGAAGAAACUCAAAGUCACGUUUACAGAAUGUACUUCAUGGGGCCAAAUAUUUUUAGAGAACCAUGGAACCUUCCUUACUCUCCUCCUGAUACAAUCAUUGAGAUCGUGUAUGAAGAUGCUUUUAACAGAUUUAUUGAUGAGAUCAACUCAGUUGCUGCAUAUGAUUGGUGGGAAGGGUCAGUGCACAGUAUACUUUCAAUGGUGGCAUACCCUUGUGCCUGGUCCUGGAAACAGUGGCGGCGGAGGAAAAAAGUUCAUCGGCUUCAGGAGUAUGUCAAAUCAGAAUAUGACCAUUCAUGUCUCCGCUCUUGCAGAUCACGAGCUCUAUACAAGGGGAUGAAGGUAGGAGCAACACCUGAUUUGAUGGUUGCAUACAUUGAUUUUUUCCUUGGUGGUGAUGAGAAGCGCGUAGACAUGGUAUCAAUCAUACAAAAGCGGUUCCCAAUGUGCAUACUUUUUGGUGGGGAUGGAAGCUAUAUGUCACCAUACAAUCUUCAUAGUGAUACAUUGUUGACUAAUCUUCUUGGCCAGGUGUCUUGGUUGUCUUUUUAAUUUUCAGUAGCUUUAUCAUAACUUUAUUUUAUAUAAUAUUCAU